AUGCGGUUGGCUUCGACCUGCGGCCGCGCCGCCGGCGGCCACCUGCUCUCUAUCAGGGGCAUACAAAAGUUUCGAACAAAGUGUCUCUCAAGGAAACAGUUUGAGGACAUUAGUGUGAGUUACGAUCGACACACUGUCGUCUCGUCUCACCGGCCGUCGCGCCGCGCGCCACCACCUAACGUGACACAAACUAUGACAAGCAUUUCAGCUAUAACAAACCCUUCAUCUACUGUC